CAACAACAACCACUCUCUUUUCCUUUUUCCACUUUUUCUUGUUUUAUUUGAUACUACUGCUUUUCCUUUCUUUCCUAGUGCUUCUUAUUGCCACUUUGCCCUCAAACCCCCUCCCCUUAAUUUAUUUUUGUUUCUUUUUGUUCAUAUGUCUCCUCCAAUGGUAGCGCAGCCAGAAACAGACACAGCCAGUAUUGUGAGCGUUGAAGCAGAAAGAAAUUUCAAACAGACGCACGCGAUUGGUCCGUAUAAACUUUUGGAAACGCUGGGCAAAGGCGAGUUUGGCAAGGUCAAACUUGCCCAGCAUGUCAACACUGGCCAAAAGAUGGCUGUCAAAAUGAUUGACAAGAGGUAUAUCGAAAGGUCAAACAUACGCGACAAAGUCGAGCGAGAAAUUGCGCUCUUGAAGCGACUGUCACACCCAUCGAUCAUUAAGCUCUUUGACGUCAUUGAGACUGAGCGCCAUAUUGGUAUGGUGAUGGAAUACGCUUCAGGUGGAGAGCUGUUCGAGUACAUCUUUAAUCGAGAUUAUCUCCGUGAGGACGUUGCACAAGAGUUCUUUGGACAGCUCAUCAGCAGUGUCCACUAUAUGCAUCAGAAAGGUGUGGUGCAUCGUGACCUGAAGCUGGAAAACGUCCUUUUACUUGACGACCAACGUCAUAUUGUCAUUACCGAUUUCGGAUUCGCAAACAAUUGCACGGGCCAAGACGACUUGUUGUCGACCUGCUGUGGAUCUCCAUGUUAUGCCGCUCCGGAGCUUUUGGUCGGAGCAGAAUACGUAGGGCCCGCGGUGGACAUUUGGUCGUGCGGCGUCGUGCUGUAUGCCAUGCUCUGCGGGUUUUUACCCUUUGAUGAUCAUCACAACAUGAGUCUUUUGCACAAGGACAUGCUCGAGACGCAGCUCGUAUUUCCGCCACGGGUCAGCCAAGACGCACGGGACCUGAUGCGCCAAAUGUUGAAUCCAAACCCGGAGGACCGGUGUAAAAUGGAAACGAUUUUGGCCCAUCCUUGGUUGGCCAGUCAACGGACCCUGCUGUCCAAGAAUGUGCAGCGUUUGGAGACGGAAGCCAUGGAGAUGCUGCGAGCGGAUUUGGCUGUGGACAACCGGUAUACAGCAUCCUUGCCAAGACUGCCACAGUGUAGUCCUACACCGCCACUCAGCAGAAAAAGAAAAGGAGACGACACUGCUCGUCACAGUAGUCAUGUCAGCAGCAGCAGCAGCGACAGCAGCAACAGCUUUACCUCGGAUACCGAUGAUGGCAAGCAGCGGCGACGAUUCACCUGGUCACUGACGAUGCGACGUGGCGAUCGAAAACGAAAGAAUAGGGAGAGCAGUCAAUCAGCAGCAGCAGUAUCAUGUACUCGGGAGCACCUGGAAUCGUUAUUAGUGUUUUCAAAAAUCAGCGACCAUCAGCUGCUUAUGUUAGUGUUGCGUGUUCUGACGGUCCUGGGAAUCCUUAUCCGCCAAGAUGGAAGCCAAAUAGCUUGUGUUCGACGUGCCAAUGAUCCGGGAACGGUGUAUGGUAGCCUGGAGGAAUGUCGUGAAGUCACAUUCAUUGUGGGCGUCAGCAACGCAACAACGCAUGGUCUUCGGAGCGUAGGCAUGCGGUAUCAAGAGGGACAGAAAGAGGCCUAUGCGUUUCUGUGUGGUAAAAUCAUGGACAUGGUGGAGCUGGUGCUGGUUCAACAGCAUCGUUGCCAUGGUCACGGACAUCAUCGUCAUGGUCAGUGCGAGCAAUGAAAGUAUAUCCCAUUUUAAAUGACGCAAAAAAAUAUACCACAGACACGCUCAUUCUUCGUCUAGCACCCACACAUAAACAGUGAUCAGUAGCAGCAGCAGCAGCAGCAG